AUGGUUUAUAAAACGUGUCAAAAUUGUAAACUGUAUAAGUACCAUAAGGGCGAGAAUGCUAAACAAUGUUACAUUUGUGAGAAAAAAAAAUUAGAGAAAUUAAGACGUAUGAAAAAAUGUAAAGAAUGUAAAAUGAGAAGGAAUCAUAAAGAUAAGAAUGCUCAACAAUGUAAUUUUUGUGAGCAAUUAAUAAUAAAAUUUAGCGGAAAUAAAAUUAUAGAUGAUUGGCUUGCUAGCGUAAUUAAUAAAGCAAACAAGUUUAUAGAAUUUAUUCCAUUUGAAAAGUUUAGAGAUAUUAGUUAUCUUGCUGAAGGGGGAUUUAGUAAAAUAUAUAAAGCGACUUGUAUUAAUGGUAUAAAAUGUUGGAACGGUCGUAAGCAAAUAUUUGGGAAUCUUAAAAAGCAUCCAGUUGUUCUUAAAAGUCUUAACAAUUCUGAAAUUAUAAAUGAGCAUCCCGAAACCAAAAAUUAUAUGAUUGUAAUGGAUUUUGCAAAAUAUGGCGACUUACAUAAUCAUAUUUCAAAGAACUUUUUUGCUUUAUCCUGCAUCACGUUCACGGAUGAGAAAGUAAUGAUAAUAAUUUAUAAUUUUAAUAUAGUUCUUGAAAAAAGAGAUGAAGAAGAUGACAAGUUUUGGGACCGGCCAAAUGUGCAGAAUCGAUGA